AUGGGCCAAAGUCUUUCUUUGUUGCCAGUCGUUUGAUCGCAGAAGUCAAUGAAGUUUUUAAAAAUACAGGUCAUACAAGAUAAGUCUAAACCAACGCGUGUCGCUAUAAUAUGGCUGAGAGUUAAGGUAAAUAGAACUGGGCUGUGUACGGCGGUCCACCUCGCGAGAAAUGAAACAAAAUAUGAGAAAAGUCACGAAAACGGACUUUUCCAGUACAAACUUUAUGCAUGUACGAUAGCUUGUUUGUCAUUUAUAUGUACUCAUAUCGCUCUAUAAACGUUGUUAUAAAUGUUACUCGCUGUUCCCUUCAUAGAAAUCGGAGGAAAGCAAAAUAAUACCAUAGCCAGUAUCUGUGACAAAAAGGAAAUCUUGUAAAACUUUUCGUUAAUCGUCACGAAAACGAAGCACUCGAAAACGAAGACCAAAGCACGAAGCACCCAAAUCUCGAAAACGAAGCACCCAAAACUCGAAAACGAAGCACCCUAGAUCGAAAACGAAGCACCCAAACUCGAAAACGAAGCACCCUAAAUCUUGAAAACGAAGCACCCAAAAGUCGAAAACGAAGCACCCUAGAUCGAAAACGAAGCACCCAAAAAUUGGACACCGGUCUGUCCUUUAUAAACACGAGACCAAUGCUAAUACAGCAGGAAUUAUGUACGAUAACGAAUCGAAUGCAGUUCAAUUCUGCUCAACUUGUAAAUGCAUUUCCGCCGCUGCGUGGGAGGCCGGGUGGGAGGCCAUGUUUUGGACGUGAUCAGAAAACCGAGAACGCCCAAACUAUUUCUAGAAUGUUACUGUAUUGCCAGUAAAAGCCAGUUAAAUUCGCAGGCUUUAGAUUUUAAGACGAGUACGAGAUUUUCUUAGAACUAAGUGGUGCUCGCGCGCGAACCAGCGUCAUUCUGGCGGGAAAACGUGGUAGCCGUCGUCAUUACGAGUCUUAACGAUAUCGAAGCGGCGAAAACAAGAGAACAAAUGUUAGAAGUUUGAUAAUUUUGCGAUCGGGAGGGGGCGUAACCUCCUGCAUAUUCAAUAUGUUAGACUGCAAAACAAUCGGUUUUUUUCUCAAAAUCAGUAAAGAAGUCGGUAAAGCGUGGCGUAAGAGUAAUACGCGCGAGCCUCACACUCCGUUUUCAGCCUCGUUUCAGACCUUUUGUGUUACUGCUCACGCGUACUUGAAUACGCCAAAAUCUGCUGACGGACAGUUUUGAAGUCUACAUAAACGUGUAUGUGUACCGAAAAAAUGCAUAUUAAGGUAAGAUGUAUCAAGUAUAGCGAGACCAAUAAUAAAAUUAAUACAGUAUAUCCUAUCUAGAAAAAUUCAGUUAAACAGUUGGGAGGCUCUUAUAAAACCUUGGGAUGGAUUUUGUGGACCUUUGGAGGUGUGGACGCAUCCGCUGCCUCCACCUGAUUCAGGUGCUUCGUUUUCGAGUUUUGGGGUCUUCGUUUUCGAGAUUUGGGUGCUUCGUUUUCGAUCUAGGGUGCUUCGUUUUCGAGAUUUAGAGGUCUUCGUUUUCGAUCGAGGGUGCUUCGUUUUCGAGUUUUGGGUGCUUCGUUUUCGAGAUUUGGGUGCUUCGUGCUUCGGUCUUCGUUUUCGAGUGCUUCGUUUUCGAAACUACCCUAAAAGGUCGCCCAAAAUCGCGCGCUGUGAGGUUACGCAUAAUUUAGCUUCUCACAUAGCGCUAAUUUAUUACACCCAGGAUUUUAGGGUGUACGAGAGGACACGUGACCACACGAUGCCAGGGCCUUUUCCCGCCAAGGGAAAAGCCCUGGGGACGAGGUUGCUAGCAGUCCGUAAAGUUAUACUGUCAAAAGAAACAUCACCCAUACAUCGGAAAAUGCAAAAUUUGUGAGGUUCAUUCAUCUGGCCAUACUUUUGUUAUUCAUUCCAUAACUGCAUUUUAAGUAUUCUAGUUAAUCAAAGUAAGGAUAAUGCACUAUUCCUCAUACUUGUAUCAUUGAACGAGCGUUUAAUAGUACCUUUUCUUAGCAAUUAUUGCAUGAAUGAUGCUGAGGAAGAUGUCAGCUGAGAUGUGAGGAAUUAUGCAGAUCGGGAAGGUUAAAAAAGCUGGUUAUUAACUGAUAUUAAGCCGAGAGGUGUUUAUCUACAUUUCAUUGUUCAUUUCAUUAUUUAUUUCUUUUUCUAUUUAUUUAUUUAUUUAUUUAUUAUUUAUUUAUUUAUUUAUUCAUUUGUUAGACUGAGAAGGAGGUACAAGCCCCAGGAACAGAACAGACACUUUUUGAAUCCAAAGUUUAAACUACACAGUACAGCAUCUCCUAACCCUUAGGAGCCGGGCGAUGCUGAUCAUCUUUCCCUCAUCACAAGUCACCCAUUUGAGCGAUUUUGCCCUGUGAGUGGAUGUGUUUAAACCCUCCCUAACUGGAUGCUACUGUAUGAGGCACAAACGAGUGUUGCACAGAGGUGUAAUCCCAACAUGAAGACCAUGAAGUUAAAAAGGUCCCUGGUGGAGAGGCCUUAUUUAUAGUUAUGACGUUCAUUGAAUCAUAGUUCCGGGUCCCGUAUUUGUUAAUUGAAUACGCAUUACUAGAUAUAUUUAUGAUUUAUUUAUGUACACUGUAUAUUUAUCAUUGAUGAACAGUUGGUAAAAUUAUUAAACUUACAAUAAAAUUGCUUCUUCACCCAUACAAUUGGAGUUAUUUUUCACUCACGGAAAGAACUGAAAAUUGAGUUCAAUCACAGGCAUCCCAAACUCAGUAUGUGAGUGCAUAUAUGUUAAAAUUAAUACAUCUACUAAUAUUGCAUAACGUACCGUUUUAUAGGGUUUAAAUGGAAAAAAAGAAAAAAUAUCAGCUUAUCUUUAUAGCUUAUCGUGCUAGAAAAGAAUUAAAAUAAACUUACUUUUGCUGUAUUAUGUGUUCUUGUGUCGUUUUGAAGCGUUUUGGGCUGGUUAUGCCAUAUUCAUAAUGUUAUUAUGCCCGGGUAUUAUGCUAGGCAGGCUCCCUUAACGCAAAGUACCCUCCAAAUCACUGUAAUGCACCGUUUCCAGCUACAAAAGAGACAAUGCACAACAUUUUUACCCUAAGACAAUUGCACAAUGGAACAAUCUCCCACCGGAAAUCAUAGCUUCUACUUCGUCAUGUUCAUUUAGGUAAUCCCUGUGUAAUCUUACAUGUUGAUUAGUAAUUUUAUGUCAUCUUAUAGUUAAAUGUUCAUCGCUCAAACCUGUAUAUAACGGCCCUGAAGAAGCGGUCACCCUGUAUAUUACGGUCACCGGACAACUUCCCAAAGUUCAGUUGCCUUCCUGCAAAGAGUGGCCGUUGUACACAG